UUGAUAUGAGAUGAAUUUCUUAUUAAUAAUGUGUAUUUUACAAUUUUCAUCGACAAAAAUAUUAGCGGAAAAAAUUUUAUUUAAUGGAAAAUCUUAUAAAAGUACGGAAAUUCGCCAAAUACGAUUCCCAUAUAAACCGGUAUAUGGUUUACCUGAACAUUUCAAUUGUACAAUGAUAACAAAAGAAGAAUUUGAACAAUGUGAAAUCGAAGCAUUGAAAGCAUGGACAAUUACAAUUAGAAAUUAUUUUUAUCAAUCAAAGUAUUUUUGUUGCUUUGUAUGGUGUGCUUUGGAUUGUGAAAUCGAACUAAUGAAUAAAUGUAAUGAAACACAUUCUAAAUAUAUGAAAGAUAGUACUACCGAAUGGUUUAAAAAAGCAUGUCACUUUUUUGACAAAACAAGUGCAUUUUGUAAAAUAAAGCCUGAUUUUGAAACAUUCUUUUAUGAUAACUAUGUAAUCUUCAUUAUUCUCCUGAUAAUAGUUGGGCUAUGUACAUUAAAUAGAGAAUAUCAUGGUAUCACACGAAGUGAUGUAUUGAAAUCAAUUGAAAAUUUUAUCCAAGGUGAUGAAUUGACUGAAAAAUAUAACUUGGAUACAAGUACAAAACCUCAAUAUGGGUUAUACUCCCAAAAACCUUGUGCAAGUCAUACUCCACUACCAUUAGGUGCUAUUAAUCAAAAUGAAAAGAUAUCUAAUUUUAUUGAUCCGGAUAAAUUUUCAGGGAAGUUUAUUGAAAAUUUUUUACAUUCAAUUAAAGAGUUUUCAUUAGAACAAUUUUUGUCUUUACCAACCAAAUCUACCGAACGAAUGCCAGAAUUUUCAUUAUCAACUUUAAAAAAAUACUAGUUCUAGAGGUUCAUUUUAAAUGAAUUAUUAUUAUUAUUUUUU